AUGUCAAGCGAUAAAUCACUCCCCAGAGACAUUGAGAAUUACGCGGAUGUCACAUUGGACUUGAUUCAAAAAAACGGCGGGACCGUGGCCGAAUUGACUCCCGAGAAAGAGAGGAAGUUGAAGAUCAAGCUUUGGCUAACCAUCGUUCCUAUUGCGUUUUUAGUCAACGCGACAUUGUUCAUCGAUAAAGAUGCGGUGACAUUCAGUUCGCUUUUGGGGCUUUUUGACGAUAUGGGUAUCUCAUCACCUGAUUACAAUAACAUCCAGACGUUCUUCUACUUGGGAUAUUUUGUGGGCCAAGCCCCUUCCCACUACUUGUUCCAGCGAUUCCCCGUAUCCAAGUUUAUCUCUGCCACUUUGGCAGUUUGGGCCAUUUUGUCCUUCUGUACCCUUGGGUGCAAAAGUUACGCGGGAAUGGCAGUUCUUCGGUUUUUGUUGGGGGCCUUCGAGUCAGGAAUCACACCAUGCGUGGAGCAUACUUUGGCAAUGUUCUUUACGUUGGAAGAACAGGCAUUUGUAAACCCGGUAUUUUGGAUUUCGUGUUUGGGAAUCGAUCUCCCAUUUGCAUUUGUCGCAUACGGACUUCAGUACACCACCAAAUGGAGACCGUGGAAAUGGUACUGGCUCUUAAUUGGGAUCAUUUCCUCUGUGGUAUCGGUGGUUGUGUAUUUCAUUUACCCUGAUAAUCCUGCCUUAUCUCGGUUGUUCACCACCGAAGAGAAGAUUCACAUUAUCCAACGGGUCAAAAAACAGUCAAGGUCCUCGAUCGAACAGAAAACCUUCAAGAAAUACCAGUUUGUGGAGUGCUUGAAGGAUCCAAUUUCGUGGUUGUUUGUGCUCUUCUGCCUCAUGAACAUGUUGGAAAACUCCACCUCCUACCAGUCCUCCAUCAUUUACACUGAGUUGGGAUUCGGCCACUUGACCAGCACGCUUUUGAUCGCAGUGACAACCGCCUUUUCCAUUUCUUGUGCCUGUGCUGGAGCCUUUGCCCUUAGUCGGUUUAGAAAACAGUCGGUGUUUGUGGCAGUAGUGUUUACGUGGCCUGCACUUUUGGGUGCAAUUCUCGCCGUCAGUAUACCUUGGGAUAACAAACCCGGUAUUUUGGGGGGAAUCUUCAUGACCCGUUCCAACGGUACCGCCUACAUCAUUUCGUUCUCGUUGUGUCAGACGACUGCUGCUGGGCAUACCAAGAAGCUCACCAGAACCUUACUCUUCAUGUUGGCUUACGCUGUAAGUAACAUGGUUUGUCCGCAAAUGUGGAGGACUCAGUACCAGCCAAGAUACAGAAUCCCUUGGAUUAUGCAGAUGGUGUUUUCAUGGUUUUUGGCACCAUGUUGUCUUUUGACCAUUCGAUACAUUUUGUCCAAGAGAAAUAAGGAAAGAAGAAGAUUAAUAGAGGAAGAAGGUGAGGAUCUUGACUACGGGUUCAUUGAUUCUGUUGAUGAGAACGGGGACUUGGUGAAGGACAAGGUUGAUGUGUCGAUGCUUGAUCUCACUGAUUUGGAGAACAAGAGGUUUAUUUAUCCUUUAUAGUUUGUUAAUGGUAUUGUUUGAAUAUAGAGAUCACUUACUGAGAAGGCAACUUAAGCCUCGGUGCUGAGAAGGAACGUUUUGUCUUUA